CAAAGCUGUUUAAGAAUGCGCGGAGGAGACGAAAACGGGGCGAACGAGAGGGAAUAAAUAGCAACCCCAGGCCUCGCCUUCUUAAGCUAACCGCUGGCUUUGGCACCAAUCGCUCUCUCGUUCGUGAGAAGGAGAACGAAACCCUAAGCCUCGAAGGAAGGCCAGAGAAGGAGAGGAAGAGCGAUGGGGAAGCGCGAGUGAGCUAGGUUUUGGGCUGGGGAGACUCUUUUUGUCAUUAUUGUUGGAGCAGCCAAGGGUUCCUGAUCUAUAAAAGGUUAAUCGAGGUAAUUCGGGAAAUUUCCACAUUCCAUCAUGGUUGCUUCAAUUGCCGCCUCGGCCUUUUUCCCCACCCCAUCAUCUUCCUCCUCUGCGGCAUCAGCAAAAGCGUCGAAGACCAUCGGUGAAGGGCCCGGGAGUUUGGAUGUCCGCGGAAUCGUAGCCAAACCCCCCUCUUCUUCAGCAGCUAUGCAGGAGAAGGUGAAGGCCCAACCUGUUCCCAAGAUCAAUGGCGCCAAGGUUGGCCUGAAAGCUGAAACCCAGAAGGCCGACGAAGAAUCUGCCCCUUCUUCAGCCCCAAGAACGUUCUAUAAUCAAUUGCCUGACUGGAGCGUGCUUCUUGCCGCCGUAACGACCAUCUUCUUGGCGGCGGAGAAGCAGUGGACCCUUCUUGAUUGGAAGCCGAGGCGUCCCGACAUGCUUGCUGAUGCAUUUGGCCUGGGGAAAAUCGUGCAGGAUGGACUAGUUUUCAAGCAAAACUUUUCCAUCAGGUCGUAUGAGAUCGGGGCUGAUCGGACUGCUUCUAUAGAAACGCUAAUGAAUCAUUUACAGGAAACAGCACUUAAUCAUGUGAGGAGUGCUGGGCUCAUGGGCGAUGGCUUUGGUGCUACACCAGAGAUGAGCAAAAGAAAUUUGAUCUGGGUUGUCACCAAAAUGCGGGUUCUGAUCGAGCACUAUCCUUCCUGGGGGGAUGUUGUUGAAGUAGAUACGUGGGUUGGUCCAACUGGAAAAAAUGGGAUGCGUCGUGAUUGGCAUGUUCGUGACCACCGAACAGGCCAAACCAUCUUGAGAGCUACCAGUGUGUGGGUGAUGAUGAAUAAGAACACUAGGAAAUUGUCUAAAGUGCCUGAAGAAGUCAGGGCAGAAAUAGGGCCUUACUUUGUGGAACGUGCUGCAAUUGUGGAUGAGGACAGCAGAAAGCUUCCAAAGCUUGAUGAGGAUACUACAGAUUAUAUCAAAAAGGGCCUAACUCCUCGAUGGAGCGAUUUAGAUGUCAAUCAGCAUGUGAACAAUGUCAAAUAUAUUGGCUGGAUUCUUGAGAGUGCUCCAAUAUCAUUCCUGGAGAAUCAUGAGCUUGCAAGCAUGUCUCUGGAAUAUAGGAGGGAGUGUGGGAGGGACAGCGUGUUGCAAUCCCUCACUGCCGUCUCGAAUGACUUAACUGAUGGCUUACCAGAAGCUGGCAUUGAGUGCCAGCAUCUGCUGCAGCUGGAAUGUGGGACCGAACUUGUGAAGGGACGGACAGAAUGGAGGCCCAAGCAUUCCCUGGCUCUCAGAAACAUGGGGCCAACUCCAGGUGGUAGUGCAUGAUGUGGCAUUGAAAUACUGCUGUCCAUUCUCGACUAUGCCAGGAUGGAGCUGAGUUGUUUUAGUCCUGCUGCUUUCAUUCUCAAACGUGCUAGGAUGGAUGGAGCUGAGUGGUAUUAGUCCUUUCUAGUCUGUACAAUUUCAAGUUAUCCUUGGUAAAAAGAGAGGGGGGAGAGAGACCAGAUCAUACUGCUUAUGUUUGUUGGGGUUUUCUUUUUAUUUUACUUAUUUUUUCCCCCUCUUACCCUCCUGACUUGAUUUUCAUUGGAUUCAUACUGGAUGCUCUGUGUAAGUAAUUAAGCAAUGCUGCUGUAUAAUUUUCUGUCAAAAGUUGGAGAAGUAACCAAUUAGCUUUUGAUAAGUAAAAUUGCUUGCCUU